UGCAUAUAUACUUCAAAUUAUGAUUCUGUUGAAAAUUAUUAAACUGAACGCUGAUGAAGUUGGUCUGAACAAAGUCUUUAGCUAAUUAGAAACAUGUUGAACAGAAAUAGAUUAUUAGUCAUCUGAGUGUGUCAAAAACAACACAUUCAGAUGACAGAUAAAAAUUUUACAUUUAUGAAGAAACGUGACGUGACUUUAGGUGGUGUUUGUAGGCUGUACGCUCACUAUGUGAUUUCCACCUAAAUACUAAGAAAGUAACUCAGUGUUAAACCCGUCUCCAUUAGUUACAGUUGCUAUGCUUGUCAACAUUCGGACCAUGGACUAUUUAUAUAGUGAUUUGUGAGUCAUACUGACCACUCACUUCCAAAAACAUUCAAACAAUUUUUAAAACUUAGAUUAAAAACAAUAAAGUUAUUUUCAAUUCUUAUAAAAAGAACAAAGAAAACAUUGUUGACAUUUACACUCAGACAUUCCACUUUCAUGAAAAAAAAAAACUAGCUCAUUUUGAAUCUGAUGGCAGCAAGAUGUGGCAAAAAUGUUGGGACGGGCAAAAAAAAUCUUGAAAAGUAAGUGCAAAAUGAAACAAUAGGAGAAACAUUUUGCAAAUAAUUAGGUUAAGUGGCAGAAAGUCAGUAACAUGUUUGGGUAUAAAAGCAUUUUAGAGAGGCAGCACUUCAACGUAGUUCACCAAUCAAAAAAAACAAACUCUACAAAGUGUGGAACAAUUUCAGAACAGUCAUCUUAAAAAUGUCAAGAUUUUAAAUACCUCGUCAUGAACAGUGCAAAAUAUCUGUUAACACACUACAGUGUGCCAUCCACAAAUGCAAAGCUCAUUCAUACAAAGAAGAAACCAUAUGUGAUUCUGAAAUGCCACAGUCUUCUCUAGGACAAAGCUCAUCUAAAAUGGUCUGUAGCAAAGGGGAAAACUGUUCUGUGGCCAAAUGAAUUGAAAUUUUAUAUUUAAUAAAGAGCAGAGGGACCAUUCACCUUGCUGUCAAAGCUAAGUUCCAAAGCCUACAGCCCUAUGCCUAUGGAAUUGGCAGCUUGCACAUCUGGAAAGGCACAACAAUGUGGAAAGAUAUAUACAGGUCAGAUAAAUAUCCACUCCCAUCCAUAUGUCUUUUUUUAGGGAAGGCCUUGCAUAUUUCAGCAAGUCAAUGCUAAAAGGCAUACUACAUCUAUUACAACAGCAUGGCCUCAUAGUAGAAGAGACUGGAUGCUGAAUUGGCCUGCCUGCAGUCCAGACCUUCUGUGAACUAAAAACAUUUGGAGUAUCAUGAAAUGAAAAAAUGUAGCAAAGUAGACCCUGGACUACUGAGCAGCUAAAAUCCAACAUCAGACAAGAAUGAGAUAACAUUCCUCUCCCAAAAUUCCACCAUUGUCCUCAGUUCCCAGAAUCUACAGGGUAGUAAAUAAAACCUUUUUGAGACAUAUUGCUGCCAUCAAGUUCAAAAUGAGUUAAUAUGUUUUUUAAAUGGUGAUUUUUAUCCUAUUUAAACAUUUGAUAUGUUUCUAUGUCAAAUUUAGAAUAAAAUCACCAAGUCAGGCAGGUUGCUUGGAUAGUUUGAGAAUGAAGUGAUGUAGGACUCUGCAAGACCGUCAAAUUGCUACCACAAUUGUAUCUACUAAGAAUCUCGGACGAGUUUGAAUCUCACUGACCUUGAUGUCAGUAUCAGAGAUCAGAGUAAGUUUUCUGAAAGUCUUGUAAAAACGAUAACUUAAGAACAAGGUGACUGUAAACACACCACAGCAGACACGAUGCCGUUUUCAUGCUUUUCAGCAUUUACUUUUUAACUCACACGGUUGCUGUUACAAAACAGCUGCAGCUCUCCACUCACAGCUCACUCUCUGACAACAACAACAACAACAAUGACAGGAGUUAACCCAGACUUUAAGCCGGUGAGGUAUGAUUGCGGAUGCCGCUCAGCUGUGUCUACCUCCCCUGUAGCGGCACCACAGACCACGACCACAUACCCCAUUGCCCAACUGAGGCUGGGGAGCCUACUUCCACGCCCCUGCCCGCGAGCGGGAGAGGGAAUCGGCCCGGACCAACGGCGCCGCCUGGCCCAGUGACAGGGAGCUGUCCAUUCAGGUGGCCGCCCACGUAUCCAGCAGGCAGCUGGGCAUGUGUUUACACCACCCUUCAACUUAUUUUUAGACCAAAGCACACUCUUUGAAAGACCUACUGUGUACUUACAGACCUUCCAGGGAAACACCUGUUCAGAUGACACAUCUCAGUUAAGGAUGUCAUCAAUACAAACAUAUUUCCUGUCCAUCCCUGCCCUCCUCUUCCAAAUCCUCUUAAUAGAUCCCACUUUAGCUGAAGUGGUGACGUCGAUAUCAAUCUGUAAACAAUUUCUUCUUGAGGAAACUCCCCCUCAGGUCCCCGGUGUCUUGGAAAGUGGAAACAUUGUGAACCAGAACCAGUACAAGCCUAUCUGCCAGACUUAUAAGAACAAGAGAAGGUUUUUAACUCUCUACGACAUCAAAAACAAGAUUCCAGUGUUUUCUGCAUACAAGUACAUUGGAGACGUGGCAAUAAAGCGACCCCGAAGUCAUUGGCAGAUAGAGCCACAGCUUGAGAAUGAAAAUGACAGCAAUAACAUGAGGAGAAAAGAUAAAGAGAAGAUCUACAAUCACCAGGCUGUCGACAUUGAUUUUAAAUCCAAUGGAACAUAUGACAAAGGUCACAUAUUUCCAAGCUCUCAUGCAUUCACCAAAGAUGAUAAACUGGCUACUUUCACCCUGACCAACAUUGUUCCACAAGCAAGAACUUUCAACCAGGGAAGCUGGAACAAAAUGGAGAGGUGCAUCAAAUGUGUUAUGGACAAAUACUGCAAAAAUAGCAGUGGUGUCACUGAAGCUUUUGUGAUAACUGGAGCACAACCCAGCUCCAACAACGUCCUUAACAACAAGAUUAACAUUCCCUCCAUGCUCUGGUCGGCAUUCUGCUGCUACAGCUCCAACAUGGACAUGUGGAUCGCUAGUGCACACUGGGGUGAAAAUGUUCCAGAUGAAUCUAAACACAAAUAUCUACAGACUGAGACUCUCUCAGAACUGCACAACAAACUGAGGACAGCAGACUCUGAGUUUAACAUGUUUCCUGGAACACAGUGUCCUCUACACAAGACUGUCUCACAGCUUUACCCAGAUAUCAAAAACUGCUUCUGCCCCUCAUCCAUAUCAACCACUUCUGCCCCUAGCAAUUUAACAACUGCCACUCCCACUCCACCUUCUGGUUCAACCACAUUACAACUGACCCCCACGCUUCAAAUUCUACUCCUAACACAUCGGUUUCUCUACUUUUAACACCUUCUAUUAGCUCUAUGUCAGAUUGGUGACCUGACCUGGGUGUACCCCACCUCUUGCCCUAUGGUAACCGGGAUAGGCUCCAGUACAACCAUUGACCCUAUUAAACAUAAGCAGAAGAGAAUGGAUGGAUAGAUGGAUGAAUUCCCAUGAUGCACUUCAUCGUGUUUCUUCUUCAGUCACCAUUUUCACUUGCUAUCUGUUUAUUCACCUCUCUCUAUUCACCCCCACUGCAGAUGGCUGCCCCUUCCUGCUACAUCGACAAAAACUGGCUCUCCCAUUUGAACAUCUGCCUUGCUUACUAAGAUCUGGCUCUCCAGUUACUACAUCUACUCCUCUUACUAUGAUGGGCUGUUAUCUAAAACAUCAUUCAACAUCAGAAUUUUAACUCAAUAUCUGACCUUGCGAUUGUGACAUUUGAAACAUCAGGCUCAGUUUUCUCUCUGAACUCUGCCCCUAGAGCAGGGGUGUCAAACUCAAAUACACAGUGGGCCAAAAUUCAAAACUGGAACAAAGUCGCGGGCUAACAUUAAUAUUUAUUGAAAAAAAAAUCUUCCUCCAGAUAUAAGAAUGAAUCUUUUCUUAUGGACUCAAACAAGUUUUGCUGAAAAACUGAAUAUGGAACAAACAAAGUUUAAUACUAAACGAUAUAUAUAUUAGAUGUAUAAUACCAGUAGGCCAGCUCUAAUAGUAAUUUGGCAUGGCUUCGCGGGCCAAAUUACAUUUGGCCCGCGGGCCAGAGUUUGACACCUAUGCCCUAGAGGGACUAAUACUGUGCAGACCAAGGAUAGAUAGAGCUGAUUACAAUAAACAAUGCAAAUAUUGUCA